UACUCAUCAUUGCACAGCCUUGCCUCUUGUCAUAUUAUUUGCAUAUGUUGCAUGUCUGUUACCCUCCAGUCUUCUGGAACAUUGCUAAUACUACCUCGUCUUCUACUUCUCCUUCCUCUUCUUCUUUGGAUCUAAUUCUCUGUUCUCUAAAUUUCCAGCUGAUCGACUGUAUGCAGUCACUUUCUUUCAUGAUCCCCAACAUACCCAACAAUAGUCCCACACAAUUCCAGAUCUCCACAUGGCAUUUCUGAAGGUCCUUUGUUAUCCCUUCCGAUGUCUCUUUCUGUGUUUCAAGCCCGGUUGGCUACCCGUACGCCACUCCGAUCCUGACUCUCCCACCGCUCAUAUCGUCUCGGACGCCGUUCCCGUUCCGUCGCAGAAUGGCAACCCGAUCGACCCUGUCCCCGGUUCAUGCGAUGUGGAUAAUUCUCCGCGCUGCCCGUCUAUUGACACCGUUGCGGGAGAUAAUCGUUCGGAUUCGGCCUUACGGACAGCCCAACUCGCCCUGAGAAAUGCCCGCACUGAAUGCUAUGAGGACUCGACCCAGAACGAAUUCGUCCCGAUAUCAGUCCUCAGAGAGGUGCUCUGCAAUACAAUUGUUAGCGCCAUCAUCGAAGACGUACUCCAAACAGACACAAAUCAUGCCAACCAGUUAACCGCCCGUGUCGUGAAGGAUUGUUAUCGUCUAUUUGCCAUUUUGGUGGACCGAGGGGUACCCGAGGAGAUACUGGGGUUUCUGGAGGAGGGGAUCAACGAUGACUGUCUUCCAUUCACCCGCAGUUUCAUUUCCCAGGGCAGUCAGAUUCGGGCCUUAGAAACAAGAGAGGGCAAGCACAUCCGAACAAUAGCCAAAUGGGACACGGCGUCGGUCAAAAAUUUUGAGUCCAAACAGUACCGCAUGCUGGCCCCGGUCUUUCAGCACAGGAGACACCAUGUGCUGUUCAGGUCACAGCCUCUGCCGUUUAUUCACCUUGGUUUCCAGGAAUUGCAAAAUGGCGUCUCGCAGGGAACUUAUUCAGAGGUCUUUCGGGCUCGUAUUCACCCUGAUCACCACACUCUGGGAGGGGGGCUGGGAAAACAUGGACCCGUGGUUGCUGUAAAACGGUUGUUCAACGUGCAGGCUAAUGGGUUCGGAGCUGAACGAGCGAUCUUCGAUAUCCUCGAAUCCAUCGGCGGCCACCCUCACAUGGUCAAUCUACUAUUCACUUUUAAGAAAGGGGAGAAGUUUCACCUGGUAUUCCCCUGGGCGGAUGGAACUCUUCGGACGUGUUUGAAGCAGGCCCGUACGCUUCUCGCCACGCGCCAGUCGAUGUUUUGGUGUCUGAAGCAAAUGGCCGGUAUCGCCAGUGGGUUACAGUGGAUGCAUAAUUUCGCCACUCCGGGGAACGCACGUCUUUUCGGACGUCAUGGUGAUAUUAAGGCCGAUAACAUCCUGUGGUUUCGAGGUGGUGACUGGCGCAGCGAUGCUGGGGGGAUUUUGAAGAUUGCGGACUUGGGGCUUGCUCGGUUCCACACCCUGGCAUCUAGGUCCGACAUAGACCCUCUCACGGUCCGAGUCCCCACCACCUUUUCACCUCCAGACGCCUUCCGCAGGAUUAGGGUCUCCCGAGCCUGGGAUCUGUGGGGUCUAGGAUGCAUGUAUCUAGAAUUCGUCACCUCGAUUUUGCGCGGGUACGAGGCCGUCGAGGAAUUCUCCGCCGCUCGCGGAAGAGAUGACACUGAAAUCCCGGAGCUAAGCAUGGAUUGUUUCUACACGACUGACUACAACGAGAUCAAGCCGUCUGUGCGUAGGUGGGUGGAGGGCCUUCACCGACACCCCCGGUGCACCGGCGUCCUCCAUGACCUGCUGGAACUGAUUAUGUCGGAAAUGAUCGUUGUGGAGCCCUGUCAGCGCAGUACUUCGGCCCGCGUUCAUGUCCGACUGGCAGAAAUGAUCGACAGGGCUUCCCACGACGACGCAUAUCUCAUGCAACCUGCACCGUGGUUCGAGCCCCUACUUCAAUUGACCGAAGAACCAUCCACCCUCAGCGAGCCAGCUCCCCAACAGGAUCGUACCGAUUUCAUUCCCGAGCGAUCCCCGACGCGCCGUGGUGCUAUGCUCGUCCGGACCCGAGGCACCUGGCCUAUAGGGCCAACGAUAGAACCGCCUCGUCAUGUUGUGGCCACCGGAGCCUUCUACUAAAACGGUAAUGUUCUUCCCUUGCCACCCUUCUCCCUUCGGGGAAACGGGCUACGUAAAUGAGCUAUGUCUAUUAGGUUAUGAGUGAUUCCCGGCGGUUUUGGGGCGUUUUUAGCUAUACUUUAAUUUGGAUUUCUUUUGAGGAAAAGUGGAGUUUUUUUUCUUGCUUUG